GUGGCAGCCGGAGAGAGUAGCCAGAACGGAGCGGCAAGUGUGUGCGCGCGUGUGACUGUCUCCUCGUGUGUCUCGUCUCGACGUCCUCUUCGUCUCUUUCCUUUUCUUCUCUUUUUUCGUCCUCAAGCCGUCGUCUUGUGAUCUAGUGCUCGACCUUCUGGUUUUGCGGUUACAUAUACAUUCCAAGUUUGAAUUUUUCGAGUUCGUGGAAUUCAAGAACACAAGUUACCGGCACGAGAAAAAGUUCAAUACCAGAAAGUAACGGUUGUAGCUGUGAAGAAGUUUGAUUACUCAUAAGACACCCGCAACCCAGAAUAAUUCAGGAGAAUCAAAAUCAUGGCCGGAGAGAAGCGUAGUGCCAGCGAGUCUGGUGAACUUGUGUGCCAGGAGUCGGUGAUUCUUCUCGACAUUGAGGGUACCACCACUAGCAUCAGCUUCGUCAAGGAUACGCUUUUCCCAUACGUACGCGAAUUUUUGAAGAAACAUGUCGAUGAGAAGUGGGAAACGGAAGAAUUCAAAGCUGACUUUGUUAAGCUGAAAGAGCAGGCUAAAGAAGAUGAAGAAAAGAAAAUUGAAGGUUUUGUACCGAUAAAAGAAGACUCUACUGAAGAAGCUAAAGAAAGUCUCGUAAAAAAUGUUCUGUGGCAAAUGGAUAAUGAUCGCAAGGCUGGUGCAUUGAAAGAUUUGCAGGGGCAUAUGUGGCAGGCAGCCUACAAAACUAUAAAGGGACACGUUUACGAUGAUGUUCCAGAAGCUUUUGAAAAAUGGACAACGAGUGACAAAAAACUAUACAUCUACUCGAGUGGUAGUGUCCUAGCUCAGAAAUUGUUGUACGGUAAUACAGAGCACGGCGAUUUGCUCAAGUACAUCAGUGGACACUUUGAUACCAGCGUAGGACAAAAACAAGAGGCACAAAGUUAUAAAAAAAUCUUAGACGAAAUCAAAGCUGAACCUUCCAAUGUGAUUUUCUUGACGGACGUUCCAAAAGAGGCCGAAGCCGCAAAGGCUGCUGGUUUGUCCGCGAUCAUCGUCGUGAGGGAAGGCAACGCCAAGCUCAGCGACGAAGACAAAGCCGCGUACAAGACAAUCGAAUCGUUUGCCGAAUUGUCCUUCCAAUCGCCGAGCAAGCGCCAAAAGUUGGACGAGGAAAUCCCCGCGGGUGAAGAAAAAGACUCGCCCAGUGACGACAAGCCGUCCAAGACAGCCGAACCCGCCCCGGAGCCCAUGGACACAUCGGAAGAUGCCGAGCCGGUGAAAACAGUCGACGGCGACGUGGACGGCAAGGUAGAAAGCACGGCGGAGACAAUCGAAGAGAAUAAGACAAACGGCGUUGCACCGGUGGAGAAGGAGGAGGAGGAGGAGGCAAAGAGCGCGGCCAAAGAAAUUUCGGCUACAGAAACGACGGACAGCGCGGAAAAAUCCGACACCGUAGUCGCGGGAGAAAAAUCAAAGGCGGUAGGGGGAGAGGCUGAGAAAAGCCCAGAAAAGACUGAGAGCAAGCCGGAGGAGCCUGUCCAAAAAGCAGAAGCCGAGGAGCCCGUGGUGGAGAAAAAAGCCGCGGAAGAGGUCACCGAGAAGACUGAGGAGUCCGUGGCAGCCGACGUAGUCAAGGAAAACGGGGACGCUAAGGUCGAGGAGAGCAAGACUGACGGGGAGAAGAAAGCCGAGCCCGAGGCUGAAGUGGCCGCCGGGGAAGCAAAAGAGAACGAUAGCAGCGACAAAGCCAAGGAGGAAGUGGCAAAGCCCGAAGUAGAAGCGCAACCGAAGGACACGGAGAGCAAACAAAACGGCACGACGACAAACGGCGACGCGACAAAGGACGUGGCCGGGGAAAAGGUACAAACCAACGGCGUCAGCGGGGAGUCGAAGGAGAACGGCGCCGUGGUCGAGGACUCCAUCAAAGUGAAGAAACCCCUCGCGGACGGUAAUGGCGAGACCGACGUUGUCAGCCCACCCGUCGUCGCCGCGACGUCCUAAUUGCACUCUAUCGUGCAUUGCCACCCAACUUUCAACGAAGUUGUUCACACGUAACUUUCUCCCACUGAUCCCCCUGACGCAAUCAUCCUUAUCAUACAGAUGGAACGUGUAAUGUCUCCCGAAGUCAUCCAAGCCUUUGCGUUGUCGGUCGUCGUGAUCAGCAAACACUUUUGCUAUUUUUACAAACGUGGAUUUUGUCGCGGUUUUACGGUGGCAUUGGAUGCCUUCGAUCGACAUCGGUAUGAAUCGUUCAGUUUUAUUGUACGAAGUGAAUGAUUACUUUUACGUUACAAUUUUUUUUUUUUCUCAUGAAAAUGUUCCUUCAGCGGUGAAAUAAGGUAUGAGAGAAAACAUUGAAGAAGCGAGACGCAUCGGUUGAGUAUAUCGCUGUAAAAAAUUGACGUUCCUGCCAUCAAAAAGAGAGAGAGAGAGAGAGAACACAUAUUUUUUAAUUAAACAAUAGCCUCACGCGGAUAGUCCGUUGCUAAGUUUAAAUACAGUUUCUUCCAGAAAAUCAAGACAUAAACGUAACCUUGUAUGUAAAUGUACUCUUUUUAAUCCAGUAAUCAUAAAAAUAUUUUUGUGAUUCAUCACUCAAAGAUAUGAAGUUUCUCAAUGCCACAAGUGCUUGGUAAAUCAGGCGAAUAUUUAUGCAUUCGCAGAAUCGUUGAUCUGUCGUACCGUGUACUAAAAAUGACAGAAAACGACUUAAUUUUUUAUGAAAAAUGAAAAAAAAAUAUUAGAAGCACAAUUAAUUGAAUAGAUCAACUGAUGUAAUUGCAUGGAACGUAUUUGAGAAAUUUCGUUUCUUUUGUUACGUAUGUUACUGUCAAUAUAUAUAAAAGAUGUACGUGAAGUAAGAGGAUUGAAGUCUUGGGGAUGAUUAAACUUGUCAUUUACUAUGAAAUUAUUUUCAUGUUUUUGUGAAUGACCCAGAAAGUCACGUUCUUUCGUACACUUGACACUACGCGAUUUUCAUUACUAUUCGAAAAAAGUAUCAAUAGAAUAAAAAAAUGUUAAAAGUAAAUAGGUUGUAGGGAAUCUCAUCAUAUUUGGAGUAUGUAACAUGUACUCUGUGCCAAAUAAAUUUUGUUUCCGUAUUUUAUGCGUAAGCAUUCAAAAAGACCCGGAUUCAUAAAAAUAAUUUUUCAUUCAGCUUAUUUAACUACUUUAAAUCGUACUUUUAACAUGAAAAUUUUUUUUCUUAACUAAGAUAUUUUCAAGACUGAAUCAAUAAUAUGGUGUGAAGUUGCUGAUAGUAGUUGAUAGAAAUUUUCAUUACGCACUGUACUUAAUGAUAGUCAUAUUUUCGGAGCAGGCAGCAAACUAAUUGUAACAAUUUUUUCUUAUAUA